AGACAUCUCAACCCAACCGAUGGCAAAGCUGCCGACGGUAGCAGUAGUAGACGGCAUUGUCACCGCCGACGGUGGUCUACUACCAUACCUCGUCCUCCUCCUUCUCCUUAUGUUGCUUCUGAUCCUCAUAAUCAUUCUCAUCGCCUGUAAACCAUGGCGCGUUUUCUCUCGCAAUUACCGUUCCCGUACCGUCAAGGCUACCACCUCUUCCGAUGUCCUAGAUGUAGAAAGACCUCUUGUUUCUCAAGAUUCGGAUAUAGUUCAGAGCAACAUCACCGAGCAUGCUACGAAUUUUGCUUCAGAAGAUUCCUGCCAUCAAAACGAUGGGCAUCAGAAUUCAUCUCGAACCCAUGGGCUUUCCUAUAAACAUAAGCUUCCACCCACUCCUUCCCAUUUCUCACACGAUGGCAGCCUUAUUCUUGAUAUUUCUGAUGAGGAUGUUGUGGUUGGUCAAACUCUGAAGCGUCCAUCGCUUGCUAAUGACUCUGUUGGAGAACAAAAAUAUAGUACAAAGGAAGAUUUAAGUUACAAGUCAGGAAUCAGAUUGGAGAAUGACAGCUCCAAGCAGUUUAUGUCCAGAUCUACUGCAGAUCAAAGAAGCAUCCUCACCUUGAAGGUUAUUUCUGGUCCUUCAUCUGGUGCACAUUACUCUAUACAGUCGACAAACAAAUCUAAGCUCCCAUUGACUCUUGGAAGAGUUUCGCCUAGUGAUGUAUUGGUAACAGAUUCAGAAGUGUCAGGAAAGCAUGCCAUGAUAAAUUGGAACCUGAAUAAGUUGAAAUGGGAGCUAGUUGACAUGGGUAGCUUAAAUGGAACUCUUUUGAACUCCAAGACAGUCCACCAUCCUCAAACUGGAAGUAGACAUUGGGGUGAUCCGGUGGAGCUAACUAGUGGAGACAUAAUAACUGUUGGCACAACUUCAAAGAUAUCCGUUCAAAUUACAUCUCAGUUUCAUAAGGUCCCAUUUGGAGUUGGAGUAGUGUCGGAUCCGAUGUCUGUGCGCAAAGGUGGGAAGAAACUACCGAUGGAAGAUGUUUGCUAUUACCAUUGGCCUCUACCUGGGGUUGAUCAGUUUGGACUGUUUGGAAUCUGUGAUGGACAUGGUGGAGCAGCUGCUGCCUCAUUUGCCAGCAAAAUAAUGCCUGAGAUGGUUACUAGAAUCUUAUCAGAUACUUUCAGAAGAGAGAAGGUUUUUUCACAUUGUGAUGCUUCAGAUGUCCUUAGAGAAGCAUUCUCUCAAACAGAAGCACAUAUGGACCACUUAUAUGAGGGUUGUACUGCAACAGUACUUCUUAUUUGGGCUGAUGGUCAUGACAACUACUUUGCACAAUGUGCUAACGUUGGGGAUUCAGCUUGUAUUGCGAUUGUUGAAGGGCAGCAAGUUAAGAUAACAGAAGACCAUCGAAUAGCCAGUUACACCGAAAGAUUGCGGAUGCAAGCAGCUGGAGAACCUCUUAAAGACGGCGAAAAACGACUAUGCGGUUUAAACCUUGCUCGAAUGUUGGGAGACAAGUAUCUUAAGCAGCAGGAUGCUCGAUUCAGUUCUGAACCUUACAUAAGUCAGGUGGUGUACAUGAAGUCUGAAAGCCGGGAUUUUGCUAUAAUGGCUAGUGAUGGGUUUUGGGAUGUUGUUAAUCCUAAGAAGGCCAUCCAACUCGUUCAUCAGAUAAGAGAGAGGAAUUGCGACGAUGCUUCAGCAGAAAAUAUUGCAAAAUUGUUGUUGAGCGAGGCAAGAGCACAGCGUACAAAGGACAACACGUCUAUAAUUUUCUUAGAUUUCGACACGAAUCACCACCACGACAUGAUGAUGGAUCAUGAGGCAUAGGAUAGAAUAGAAUAGAAUAAUAAAGUUGACUUGUUAUUUAUUAUGUAUGUGUAAAAUAUCAUAGAUAACACUCCCGGUGGAUUGGAAGGGAAGGUGCUGAUGUGUCGAUAUAAGGAAAAUUGCACCAACAGUUUAGUUGAGGUGGGGGGAGUUGAGUUGAGUUGAGUUGAAUGAAUCACAAUCUGUUAGUCUAGUUCUAAGGUUACUAUGUUACAGAAAACGUCAUAGUGAAAUUAAAGCCUCCUUGAAACUUUUGUGGCAACUCUUGAUGCCUGAUAUUGUUAAGCUGGGACUGAAAUGGAUC